UGGAACGUGCCAGUGAUGAUGCCCAAACACGCGGUGUGACUCAGGCUUGGAGACAGAGACACAGUCCUGAUUCACUGAGCAACUUCAUUCAUAUUGCAGUAGGGCAGAGCAGAUGGCAGUGAGGCGGUGCAGAGACUCUUUUAUAAUAACACAGAAGAACUCUUUGAUAGUACAGUCAUAACAGUCUACACAUGUUCCGCAUGAACGAACCGGAUACUGGAGCAAAAUCAACCCAGCACGCAGCCGACGACCGAUGGGAACUUCUAAUGGAAAUAUAACAACAUUAUUCACACUCUAAAGCCCUGCAUAUACAUUACCUGGCUUUAUUGGCAGGUAAUGCAAUAGUGUGUCUCUCUCUGACGGGAUUGGAGGUAUUUUAUCUGAGUGUGUUCCGUGCGAAGACAACAUGAAGGUGAAAUCUAGAGAUGAGAGUUUGAACACUACUGGAGAAUGUGACGGAUCCAGCGACCUGCUGACUGGUAACCCUCCCUCAGGCCAGAGAAAAAAGAACAUGAAGCAGCGCUUCCUCAAACUCCUGCCCUGCUGUCAUGUGGACUCAAGCCCAGCUGUCAGGCAAAGCAACAUUGAGGAGGAUUUUGAGGUUGCUACGGUGUGCUACAGGCCGGAUAGUGUGGAUAAACUGAUGGAACUGACCAAGUUCACCAGAACAGAGCUAAAAGUCCUCUACAGAAGUUUCAAAAAUGAAUGUCCCACUGGAGCAGUAAAUGAAGAGACUUUUAAGUUAAUCUUCGCUCACUUUUUCCCUCAAGGAGAUUCUAGUGCUUAUGCUCAUUUCCUGUUUGAGGCUUUUGAUCGACGCAAGAAUGGAGCAGUUAGUUUUGAGGACUUUGUGGUUGGCCUGUCCAACAUCCUGCGUGGGACCGUCACCGAGAGACUGUGCUGGGCCUUUAGUUUGUAUGAUCUCAAUAAAGAUGGCUGCAUCACUAAAGAGGAGAUGAAUGACAUUAUGAAGUCCAUUUAUGAUAUGAUGGGGAAGUAUACGCAUCCGUAUAUGAAGGACAGUGCACCUACAGAACAUGUCGAAAGUUUCUUCAAGAAAAUGGAUCGCAACAAUGAUGGCAUCGUCACAAUAGAGGAAUUCCUGGAAUCGUGUCAAACGGAUGAGGCCAUCAUGGAGUCCAUGCAUAUGUUGGAUCAUGUAGUUUAGCUCUGUAUUAUGAUACCGGGCAAAUAUUGCUUGAUGACUUCCUCCAUCUUGUACCUACAAAUGACUGGUGCAAUGUGAGCAUGCCACGUUAUUUCACACCCUGA